UAUACCAAUAUGUUACUACAUUUUAGGGGUGUUCAAAAUCCAAUUCUGUUGUAUUUCUGUAUUUUUUGUAAAUAAAGAUGGACCUAUGAACAUUUUAUAAUACAUAUACAAUUAAUCAAUUAUUUUAAAGAUGAAUUAUUUUUCUAUACUAUGCAUUUAAUAUGUAUAUUUUAAUAAUAAACGUAUUCAACUCCCUUAUGAAAUAAUACAUGGAUGUUUGAUGUUUUUAAUGGACUAUUGCAUAAUCGUUUAGGCUGCCUAGAUCUGGAAGCACUUUAUGAAAAAAAAACUUUAGAUUGUUCAAGAGUUUCUCCAUGAACGACCUGAACGAUCCUCCUAGAUGGAAUAUUAGACCAGAGCCAGCCGGAAAUGACGGGGGCAGGUGGAAUUAUGCCCUCCUGGUGCCCAUGAUCGGGCUGGCAGCAUUUCGUUGGAUAUGGACUCGAGAAUCACAGAGCCAGAUCCGAGAUGUGAAGAACAAGUACGACUGCGACAUGGCAGCCAUCAGCAGAGACCUGGAGCUGAAGUACAUGGAGACACUGAGGGAAAACCGGCGGACGGCAGCACACCUGGAGGUGGAGCUUGAGAAAGAACGCCACCGUGUGCAGGGCUUCAAGACAGCCCUGAUCUCUCAGUCUCAGCAGCUCAUGGAGGAACGGAAGCAGCUUCAGCAGGAACGGCGGGAUCUGGAUGUGGAGAAGAAGCGCCUGCUAGAGUCUGGCGUGGCCGGGGUGGCGCUGCGGACAGCCCUGCAGCGAGAGGAGGACUGGCAGAGCAGGGCUCAGGCUCUGCUACAGGAACUGGAGGUUCAGCUAGUGGAGAGGCAGGACGCUUUCUGCAGCAUCCUCACGCCGCGGGAACAUCGUCUGGAGAUGGAGAAGAACCUGCUGCUGAAGGUGGCUAAAAACCCGGCGGGUGCCGAGCUGAACCUAGAGGACGAUCUCAGGGACAUUUUUAAGAACGACAGACACUGUGGAGAUUUACUGAACAUGGAUAAGCGUAGGAAUGGGAAUUUGAUGUGGCUGUAUCUCAGGUACUGGCAGCUGCAGGUCACCCUGCAGAAACACAAGAGGGCAGAGGAGAUGCUCAAAGGAGCAUCGCCAUCCUCCAGCAGACCUUGAUGCAGGACAGUUGAUCUUUAUGAAAAGAAACAAGUACGAUUUUGUUUCCGUAAAUGUUUCGUCAUGAGUAUUUAUCAGCUAUUUAUGCCAAACUUUUUCAGGAAACCUGUUGAGUCCUUGACAAUCGUAUCAUAACAUGAAUUGUUUUUGUUUUCUUUCUCCUUUUUUGAUCAAGUAGAACGCAGAAGAAUCAAAUAGAAUUACUUAUGAACUUCAGAGGAUUAACUCAUUCUCAAUCUAAAGAUGAUUCAUAUCUAAUAUGUACCACUAAAAUAAAAAAUACUGACAAUAUAUGUUUUCUGAAAAUAAAUAUAUUACAGUUUAUCGACUCGAGGUUUUUUUCAUUGUGAGCCAUGCUUUCAUAAGCACAUAUGAACGAAAUGUACAGUCAAGAAAGCAUGUAUUCAUUGCAUUUAUUUCCAAGAACUACUAACUGUUUUGAAUAGAUGUUGAUGUCCAUCAGAGAUGUCUCUUCCGCAGUUCAUUGUAAACCUGCUGAGAAAGAGCAACAGCUCAUUCAUAUAAUCAUAUACAAAUUAAAUUACAUUUCAUUCAGA